CUGACGCACGAGGCGCACAGGAAGGAGGUGGAGCAGGUGUAUCUGCGCUGUUCCACGGGCGUCGUGGAGUGGAUGUACCCAACCGGGGCCCUCAUUGUCAACGUCCGGCCCAACACCUUUGCACCUGCCAGACACCUGACCGUGUGCAUCAAGCCGAUCCCAGGCUCCUCGGGGGCCAACGUGUACCUGGAGAAGAUGGGUGUGCUGCGGCUCCUGGUGCGGGAUGGUGAGCAUGGUCCCCGCCGGGUGCGCUGCUUUGGCCUGGACCAGGGUGGCCUCUUUGUGGAGGCCUCACCGCAGCAGGAUAUCGGCCGCAGGACCACGGGCUUCCAGUACGAGCUGGUGCAUCGGCGCUCGGGUUCUGACCUGCUUCAGCUCUCUGCCCCUUGCCGCCCCUGCAGUGACACUGAGGUCCUCCUGGCCGUCUGCACAAGUGACUUUGUUGUCCGUGGCUCCAUCCAGAACGUCACCAAUGAGCUGGAGCUGCAGGAGUCAGCCAUCCACCUGCAUGUGAGCAGGCUGUACAGGCAGAAGAGCAAGGUCUUCCAGCCCAACCCUGAUGGCAGUGGCCACUGGCUUGGCUGCAUCAAGACCCUACUAGAGUGCGGUGUACGGCCUGGGCAUGGAGACUUCCUCUUCACUGGCCAGAUGCGUUUUGGGGAGGCCCGGCUUGGCUGUGCCCCUCGCUUCACGGACUUCCAGAGGAUGUACCGGGAUGCUGAGGAGAAGGGGCUGAACCCAUGUGAGAUCAGCAUGGGGUGA